AUUACUGUCAAACGUCAAACUAUUAAAAUUAACCUACAAAAAUUGUUUUGAAUGUUUUUGUUUAUGCAUCUAUUUUAGCUUUAGUUUCUACUUGUCAUAAGAUGUUGGCUCAUCGAAUUGAUGAUAAUUCGAGGACUAAAGAUGUUACUGUAGUAGAAAAUGUAACAUUUGAAUCAUUACUAUUAUCAGAAAAUGUUCUAAAAGGCUUGAAAAAAUCCGGAUUCAAAAAACCAUCACCCGUUCAAUUAAAAGCUAUUCCUGUUGGAAGAUGUGGAUUUGAUUUAAUAGUUAAGUCUAAAUCUGGCACAGGCAAAACAUUGGUUUUCUCUAUAAUUGCUUUAGAAUCUCUCAAAUUAAAGAAAGAUAAAUUAUUAGAAGUUCUUAUUGUAUCCCCUACCAGAGAAAUCGCUGUUCAGUCUCAAGAAGUGUUUAAACUAAUUGGAUGCUAUUUUGAAGACUUAAAAGUAGAAUCAUUCAUAGGUGGUCUCUCUCUAGCAGAAGACAAAGAAAAAUGCAAAAUAUGCAAUAUUGCUGUAGGAACUCCUGGCAGAAUAAAGCAGCUUAUCUCUCUAAAAUCCUUAAACACAAAUUCGAUAAGAUUGUUUGUGCUUGAUGAGGCUGAUAAACUCAUGGAAAACAGUUUCAGAAAUGACAUAAAUGAAAUUUAUAAUAGCUUACCGCCAAAGAAGCAAAUUAUUACCACAAGUGCUACUUACCCCAACCAGUUAGAUGAAUUUUUAUCUAAAUAUAUGUUAUCUCCUACACAUAUAAAUGCAGAAAUUGAUAGUCCAUUGCUUCUAGGUCUAAAACAAUUCGUCGUAAUCACAAAACCCACCCCAACAGUUGUCCAACUCAUGAAACUGAAAACCGAAGAGUUGGUAAAAAUUAUUACAAAUAUAUCAUUCACUCAAUGUCUGGUAUUCUCGAAUUACCAAACUCGAGCUGAGAGUUUAAGUAAUAUUUUGAACCAGAAAGGAUGGCCUUCGACGUACAUUUCCGCGGCCCAAACGCAACCUCAGAGAUUGGAGGCCGUUAAUAAGUUGAAAGACUUUAAAUGCAGGAUAAUGUUGUCUACGGACCUAACAGCGAGAGGUAUAGACGCUGCUAAUGUAGACCUAGUUAUCAAUUAUGACAUCCCUCUGGACGCCAUGACAUACCUCCACCGUAUGGGCAGAGCAGGACGAUAUGGAUCUUCAGGAGUAUGCAUAAAUCUAGCAUCCGAAGGCCCCGAUCUUUUACAUCUUCAAGAAAUUUUAGGUAACAUCGGAGGAACGGCACUUUCUAUACCCAAGCUGACAACGUUCAAUGGUUCUGUAUCCGAUUUGCUGAAAAUCGAAGUUCCCAAAGAGGAUCAUGUUUACGGUAUUGUUAACCCAGAAAAAACGGACACGCCCAGAAAUAAAGUCUUUGAAAUAUUGAAGAAAGAAAACAAAGUUAACAAAAACGAAGAUAUUCUAAAUAUCUUAAACGAGACUGAAGAAAUUACUAAAAAAAAUAUCGAAUAUGGAUGCUGACUCAAGUUUAAAUUCGUUACUCAACCAAGAUAAAAACGAAACUGAAGAAAUUAGAAAAAAAAUAUCCGAUAUGGAUGCUGACUCAAUUUUAAAUUCGUUACUUAACCAAGAUUUUAAAAUGGAAACCACCGAAAAUAACAUCGAAGAAUUUGACUUAAAUGCCGUAUUAAAAUCUCUAACUGAUACCGCCACUUCCAAAACAAAAACACCCGCUAAGAAUAAAGUAACAGAAGUUGACGUUCGCGAACAGAUGAAAAACGAUUUGCUGAUAAAAAACAAAGCUCUAUUAAACGUUUCUAAAAUAUUGAGCGGCUCAAAUGUAGCUGACGAUCAAAUUGCCAUCGAAAAGCAUUUAUUGACCAUCAAAUCUCGAGAUAAAAACGAAAUUAACGAAUUAUCCAAGAGAGAUACUGACGAUUUAUUAAACAUUCUUACCAGUGUUACUGUAGAUGAAGCAAAACCUUCUACUUCGAAAAUUACCGAUUCGGACGAAACUGCUGCAGUUGAUUUCGAAGAAAGCAUUGAAGAAAUUGAUGAUGUUCAAAAUUUAUUCCAAUUUGGAUAUAAAAAUAUAGUGCUUAUCUAGCAACAACAGAUGGCGAGAAGCCUUAAUGGAGGUCCUAAAGACUCCAGUAACGAUUGAACAAAACGAAGAUGAAGAUGACGAUUACGAUGAUGAAGAAUACACAGAAGAUGAAGAUUCAGAAGAAAUAUCAUUGAACAAAGAUAAAUCCGAAGCAUGUGUAAAGAAGAAAGUGUCAAUACCUGGUUUAGAAGAACAUACCAAAGAUGUUGAAAGAUUUGCUGAAGAAGAAAACGAAUUAGAAGAUAUUGAAUACAUGUCAAUGUAUGAGAGAACCGGUGCAAAAAAGAAAGUCAAAAACGAAGAAACGGAUAGAGAAGAAGAUAGAAAAGGAAGAAAAAAUAAAAAAUCAUCGGAAAUGGUUGAUGAAAACGAAUUUAGAACCGUAUGUUCGGAGGAUUUCGAAGAAACCAUUGACGAGUCGCUAUGGGGAAAGAAAAGUAAAGCAAAGAAAAAGAAGAAAUCUUUAAAAAUGCACGAAGAAAAUGAGAACGAAACGGAAGUGGAUAUAAUGAAGUGGGUGCCGGUGGAAAAUUGCCAAAAAAUCGUGUGAUACCAUCAAACGGACUUGUUUACUAGAAUCUGAGGGCGAAAAUAGUGUAGAAACUAGCGAACAAUAUACCCCAUACUUCGAGGAGUGUAGCAGUCAUUUGUGGCAAAACGGAAUGAGUUUUGACAGUGUUGAGGCUUUCGAUGAGUGGUUUUAUUACGAAUGGGAGGCCCAAUUGUAUUCGGUUAGGAAUUUCGUGCAACAAAAUGUGUAUAUUGGUGAAAUGGCUAAGUAUCAAAAUUAUUGGAAAGGUAAUAAAGAUAGUUAAGAAUU